UCUUGCUAUAGCUGAUGGAAGUGAUGAUUACUCAGUUUUUCAGAUGAAGAAUCUUCCACUUUGGGAAAACUCAGAUGGGGUUUUGGUUAAUACUGUUGAGGAGUUUGAUAAUAUUGGAUUGAUGUAUUUUAGAAGGAAGUUAUGUAUACCUGUUUGGGCAAUAGGACCAAUACUUCAUCAAGAAAAUGUCAAUCCUAGGAAAGAACCAGGAAUUUCUUUAGUGAAAUGUAAAGAAUGGUUAGAUAACAAGGAUGAAAAUUCAGUUCUUUACAUAUGUUUUGGUUCACAAAACACGAUUUCCGCGUCACAGAUGAUGCAACUAGCAAAAGGAUUAGAUGGGGUUGAAGUAAACUUCAUUUGGGUGAUUAGACCACCUUUAGGAUUUGAUGUAAAUGCUGAUUUCAGACCAGAAGAAUGGUUACCAGAAGGCUUUAUUGAAAGAAAUCAAGAACAAAGAGGACUAGUAGUGGUUGAUUGGGCACCACAAGUUGAAAUCUUGGCUCAUGAAUCAAUAGGUUCAUUUUUGAGUAAUUGUGGUUGGAAUUCAGUUCUUGAAUCAUUGAUCAAUGGUGUCCCAUUGAUUGGAUGGCCAAUGGCAGCUGAUCAAUUUUUCAAUGCUAAGUUUUUGGUUGAAGAAAUUGGUGUUUGUGUUGAAAUGGCUAGAGGGACUACAUUUGAUGUAAGUUAUGGGGAUGUAAUUGAAAAGAUUGAGUUAGUUAUGGGUAGUGAAAGUGAAAAGGGGAGAAGAUUAAGAGGUAAAGCUUGUGAAGUUAAAGAAAUGAUUAAAGAUGCUAAUAGAGAUGAAGAUGAUUACAAAGGAUCUUCUAUUAGAGCUAUGGAUGAGUUUUUUAAUUUGAUGAUGAAAGAAAGGAUUGGCUCACAAUAAUUGACUUUUUUUUUUUUGUUAAUAAAAUAAAGAAAGAGAAAUCUAGAAGAAAAGUUCAAGCUACUUCUUCACUUUUAUAUAUAUAUAUAAUUUUUUUUUGGA